AUGGGAGGUAAAGAUAUUAGUUUGGAGUUCUCAGCUAUUCCUAAAUUGCAUGGAAAGGAUAAUUUUUGGACGUGGCGUAUUCUUUUGCAUGCCUAUCUAGAAGCUCUUGGUCUAUGGCAUGCAAAUCAACCAAUAGAGAGCCCCCAAGCGAGAUACAUCGUUUUAAGCACAGUGGAAGGAAGACUACUCGAACCAGCAUACGACGAUCAACCUUGUCAAUAUAUAUUUCACAAUUUGGAAGACCGCUUUGGUCCAGGGAGCUAAAUAAAUGUGACCGAACUUUUUACUUUG